GCGUUCCCAUGACGACGAGGCCAAAACACGGAAGCGAAACCCGCUUGAAAUCACAGGUGUAGAUUUGGACAUCAUGCCUAAAUUCCGUGAACUGGAAGCUGAGUCUCCUCAUCAUCCUCAUCAACAUCAUCCUCAUCCUCAUCCUCUGCUGGCCAACAGAUACGUCAUUCAGCAGAGACUCGGCAGGGGAAGUUUCGGCACUGUGUAUCUCAUUGAAGACACAAAAACAACAACCAGAGACAAACUUAAAGUUCUGAAGGAGAUCCCGGUUGGGGAUUUGAAGCCAGAUGAGACGGUGAAGGCCACACAGGAAGCUCAGCUCCUCUCGCAGCUCCAUCAUCCAGCCAUCCUCCGAUUCUACACCAGCUUCCUGGAGAGAGACGCUUUCUGCAUCAUCACAGAGUUCUGCGAGGAUGGGGAUUUGGAGUGUACGCUGGAGCGGUUGCGAGUCUCAGGAGAAGCUCUGUCUGAGUCUCAGGUCAGGGAGUGGCUGGUUCAGCUGCUGCUGGGGGUCGACUACAUGCACGAGAGACGGAUUCUACACCGAGACCUGAAAUCUAAGAACGUGUUCCUGAAGCAGAACGUCGUGAAGAUCGGUGAUUUCGGCGUGUCGUGCCUGCUGAUGGGGUCAUGUGACGUCGCCACUACGUUCACAGGAACGCCGUACUAUAUGAGUCCCGAGGCUCUCGGUCACCAAGGUUACGACUCCAAAUCAGACAUGUGGUCUUUAGGCUGUAUCCUGUACGAGAUGUGCUGUUUGAAACAUGCCUUUGAGGGACACAACUUCCUGUCCGUGGUGCAGAAGAUCAUGGAAAGUUCCACGCCGUCGCUGCCAGAGAAAUACUCACCAGAGCUCAACUCCUUAAUGCAGAGGAUGUUGGAGAAAUCCCCGUUGCUGAGGGUUUCCGCAGCUGAAGCUUUGAGCAGUAGCGUUAUUAAGGAGCUCACUCGGCGUGUGAAGCAGCAGCUCUCGGAGGGGACGGCGGGGGACGACAGCGACGCGUCUCACAUCGCCAGCGUGCUGCAGACGAAAGUGCACCUGCAGACGCUGAGGGACAGGUCAGAGGUCGAGAAGAUGAGUCCCCGAGAGCGGAUGAGGCUGAGGAAGCAGCAGGCCGCUGACGACAGAGCCAGGAAGCUGAAACAUAUAGUGGAGGAGAAAUAUAACGAAAAUCAGCGGCGCAUGAUGGAGCUUCGGUCCAAAAACUUCCAAAGAGUCAGCAUCAAUGUUCUCACUGAGAACGCUGAGGACACAGAAAGGCAAAUCCAGCCAAUCAGACGACAGCAUGGUCCACCGAGCAGCCAUCCUGGACCAAUAGGAGAGCAGCUCAGUGAACACGACAUCCCUGAGGACCCUGAGGCUGCAGACGUGUAUUAUUCCGAAGAUGGAUUCGAGUCGUGUUCGGAUGAAGAAGAUUUCUGCUCUGAUGUUCUCACACAGGACAGCGAUCUGGAGGCCAUGGUGCGACGCAUGGAGGACGUGCUGGAGGAGACGGCUGAGGGUUAGCGAUGCGUUCCCACAAGGCCAAGCAGGUGAAGCUGACGGAGGUGUGUACGAGGCGUUCAGCAUCAACAGCACCAUGGAUUAAAUCAAACCAAGAAGACGAGGAAGAUUUAUUCCGUCUAAACGCUCUUACGAUUUAUUCUCCAAUCCCGGAUGUAAUUUCACUUCUGAUCGCUCGGAACGAUCCGCACGCACACGCCGGCUUUACCUCGUCACUGACAUCAGAUUUCUGCUUUACAUCUUCACUCCUCUCUCAGUCUCAGUGCUGUGAGCGUCGUGUGUGCAGGAAAAUCACAGCUACGAAACGCUGCAGCGGGCGCGGCGGGUACAGAGGAUCCGAGCUCUCGCGUCCGUCGUAAAAGCUACGAUAAUGAAGCUGAUUGAAAAAAAUCAAUCCAAUUACUCCGAAACCCCCGGCCCUGUCAGAACGCUUUGCUCGCCGAGCUAAUGCAAAAGUUUGGCUUUGCGAUGCGAUCCUCUGAGGAGACGUCUAACUUUCUGCUUUUUAUGUUUUCUCUCUCAAAUCCUGCUACAUUUAUACUUAGAGAAACGUAAAGGAAAUAAAUACGGUGCAGAAUAAAGCGGGCUUUAAUUCCCCACUCGGGCUUUUCCGAGUCGGACGUUUCCACGCGUUUAUUCCGAACGUUUUUCACUACAAUGGCGAGAUGUGGACGUUUACGGCCGAGCGCUCGUAUUUAUUGGCCUUGGUGGGUCACUUAGAACAUUUCGCUAACGAGUUAAAGAAGAGUUUACUUUAUAAUCCGCGUCACGUGACGUUUAUUUCUGUUUAUAAACGCUGAUCGCGAUGGCUUCUGUGCCGGGGAAUAAUCUCCGGUUGUGCAGACUAGCUACACGUUCUUUCUUCUUUUUUUAAACAUUCUUUAUGGCUUCUUUAAGGUUCUUUAGAUAAUUAAACCUUCUUCGGUUCCUCGAAAGGUUCUACUUUGGUUCUGUCCCUUUUCCUCCCUUCCUUAUAUGGUCUGUUUCCUGUUCUCAUCUCCAUUAGUCACACCUGUUUGCUAUUCCCUCCUGUUAGUCUGUGUAUUUACCCGUGGGGAAUCCUUUCUGAUCCCAUUCUAUCUCUGGUCCAGUUUCACGUAGAACCUUUACGGAUCCGAAGAACCGUACAGAGUGCGGUUAUAAUUCCGUUCCAUGUGAUGUUUCUUUUUAAAUCGUAAAGUGGUGAAUGCUGAAUGAUGAACUGUUUCUGUUUUGAAAUCUAUGUAAUGCGAAACGUAUGUAAUAAAGCAGCGUGUUGUGUUGUGCCGUUACGGUCAGAUAA